AAGCGCAACUUUAUUACCCGGGCUGAGAACCUCAUAGUCUGUUUAUAUUUUGUUGAGAAGUUUGAAUUUUAUCUUGUUAAACUGCCCUCAGAUUCAGCAAACUGCCCUCAAAUUGAAACCGCAAGACGGUUAAGUUCUCAUUAAACGACCCACAAAGCAACAAAACUGGCCCCUCCACUGCCUGUCACCAUGCCCGCCCUGCUGGAGAGACCCAAGCUAUCUAACGCGAUGGCCAGAGCCCUCCACAAGCACAUCAUGAGGGAAAGGGAGCGCAAGAGACAAGAGGAGGAAGAGGUGGACAAAAUGAUGGAGCAGAAGAUGAAGGAGGAGGAAGAGAGGAAAAGGACAAAAGAAAUAGAGGAGAGGAUGUCUCUGGAGGAAACCAAAGAACAGGUAAUGAAGAUGGGUGAGAAACUUCAGGGACUCCAGGAAGAGAAACACCAGCUCUUCUUACAGCUCAAGAAAGUUCUCCAUGAAGAGGAAAAGAGACGUAGGAAGGAGCAGAGUGAUAUCACAACACUGACAUCAGCCAGCUACCAACCUAGUCUGCCCAUGCACGCAGGGCAGCACCUCCUCAGUAUUCAAGGCAGUCCAGUCAGUCACAGUCGACCCGGUGCGCUGCUUGGAGAACGAAGCAAACAGCUGUUCCCAGCUGCUGUGAUUCCAGCACGUCACUAUCAAACACCUGGCUUCAGCUCAGGGUCAGCAGAGCACGGGCAGUUCAGUGGUGGACAGGGGGUCCACGAGCCCUACGGGGUGGCCCAGGCCCAGCAUCCUUCCACCUACGCCCCUGGACCUUCUGUACCUGUCAGUUUCGCAAGCAGCUCUCAGAUCAGAGGUGCGUCUGCAUUUCAGGCCAUGCCGUAUCUCCCCCACCAGCAGCCUGGCUAUCCCGUCCACAGUCACUUCACCUCUCAGCCUGGAUACAUCCCUGGAGCAGGGAUACCCCUUCAGAAGCAGCUGGAACAUGCCAACCAGCAGUCAGGCUUCACUGAUGCCGGUGCUUUGAGGCCUAUGCAUCCACCAGCCAUGCAUCCUUCUGCUCCAGGACUGCUGCCCACACCAUCAAUGGCGGUCCAGAUUCCUACUCCAAAGGCCCAGUUCCAGAGCUCUCCCCAGCCCACUCCUCGCCACGGCUUCCUCCCCCACAGCCAGAGUGGACAGAGGUUCUACCACCAUGGCAAGUAGCUCACAGCCACCUUCACCUUCACUGUCGGUGUGACUGGAUCGACAAAAGUCAUGAGCUUGGAUUAUGUCAUACGAUGUGUGUUUUUAUUUUGUGUAUAGUAUCUGAAUUUUAAGUUGUGUUUUGAUUUUGUGAAUGAGCGACAGUCAGCAGUCCUCAUGUUCAUGUGCUUCUGUAAACAUCCGGCUUUGAUUUUUACAUAACGUCAAAUGAUGUUAAUUUGUAAAAUAGCUUAUGAUUUCACGUACACUGUAAAGCCAUUCUGGAGGUGCUUUUGUUAAUUAAAAUGUUAAUAUCUUGUAUAAAGCCACUCUGCAUGAACCAGAACUUAUUCUUUGCAUACUAACAUCUCGUAAGUACAUCAGCGGAGGGUCGAGUGUCUCUGCAAAGACUUGCUUAAAAAGUAGGAAAAAAAAAUUUCUCAUCAACACUUAGUGGUUGAAAUUAAGAGUUUGUGGAUUAAAUCAACCUAUUUCUGCUAAGGUCAUACAAACACUGAUGAACACUACUGAAGCAGAGACACGUUGGUUUAACUGAGACUCUAUUUCAAUGUGCUGCUGACGUCUGGUUGAUCACAUUAGACCCACUAGGGUUGGUGACCACAAAUUAAAUCAAGAUGAUCAUGGUCUUGACACAAUUACAGAAGAUUUCAAGUGUUUUGCGUUUUUCCUCUGCAGCAUAAAUCAAGUUUAAGUCUGUUCUGUUUUAAAGCUUUUACGUUGCUAAAUAAAACGAUAAGCAAACGCCA